ACUGCAUCGUACCCUAUGCCCUUCAGAAUUUCAAAGCACCAUGUACUACAGUUCUCGUCGAGUCUGCUAGGUGAAUGUGAUGAAUAGUGGUGAUAGGACUCCUGUGCUGAAGUACUGUGUGCAUGCAAGAAAUUUGUACCAAAAUCUACACUUCUUACUGACUGCUUGAUAGCUGGGUACGAUGUGAGUUCACCCAGAUAUUAUCGUCUUCGUCCCUAAAGCGAGUGUUCAAGAUUGAUUCCCACCUUGUAGUUCUUUCUCUAUGUGGUGAAGUACCUGAGGCUAGUGCACGUCUUGGCACUUCCACACUUCCACCGAAGCUUUGACGCGUACGAACCACCGCCUAGAUCCAGCAAUUCCCCACGACAUCAUCAGCGCUUCGCUUGCAGCACCUCACCUCUCUCUUUGCACGAUAACACUUUACCUACUUCCAACGGGAAAUUCAUUUUCUAGUCCUUCUUCAAAUUCACGGGAACUACGUGAGAUUACACCGCCAACAUGUUCAUAGCUCGAAGCGAAUAUGACCGAGGCAUCAACACUUUCUCCCCCGAAGGUCGUCUCUUCCAGGUCGAAUACUCACUAGAAGCUAUCAAGCUCGGAUCGACAGCGAUAGGUGUAGCAACCGGCGAAGGUGUAAUCCUCGGCGUAGAAAAGCGCGUAACCUCCACGCUCCUCGAGACUUCCUCGGUCGAGAAGAUUGUAGAAAUCGAUCGCCACAUUGGUUGCGCCAUGUCAGGUCUGCAGGCCGAUGCCCGUAGCAUGGUCGAGCAUGCCCGUGUGGAGAGCCAGAACCACGCAUUCAACUACGCAGAGCCUCUUAGGGUGGAGAGUUGUACACAGGCCAUAUGCGAUCUGGCACUGAGAUUUGGAGAGGGUGCUGAAGGCGAGGAGAGCAUCAUGAGCAGGCCGUUCGGAGUGGCGCUGCUGAUCGCGGGGUAUGAUGAGGAUGGUCCAAGCCUCUACCACGCAGAACCAUCCGGUACCUUUUACCGCUACGAUGCCAAAGCCAUUGGUUCCGGUUCCGAGGGCGCACAGGCCGAGCUCCAAAACGAAUUCCACAAGUCACUCACUCUUUCCGAGGCGGAGGUGUUGGUGCUCAAGACGCUGAAGCAGGUCAUGGAGGAGAAACUGGACAGCAAGAACGUACAAUUGGCGAGCGUGACGAAAGACAAGGGUUUCCGGAUCUAUACGGAUGCAGAGAUGGAGGAGGUCGUCGGAAGAUUGCCCACCAACUAA